AUGCCACAAUCAUCAAAGGUCCAUAGAGACGUUAACUUGGGCUACGAUUACCCUAGCUCAUUGAACUUGCCCACUGCUUCUCCAAGUGUUAUACCCAGAGAUGCGCUCUUGGCUAAAAACCUCAAAUUAGAAGAUUGUCCAGCUCAAACAAAACCUAUUAGUUCUAAUAUUCCAAUACUGAAGACAUUCAGCCAUGGUCCGCUGCUUAGCAAAGGCAAGAACCCCAUGAGUGAGAUAGUAAGCCAAUCCCAGAAUAAAAUAGAAGAAUACGUUAUCGAUUUACCAUAUUCAAAAACCAAAAAAUCUUCAAACUCAUCCUCCGUUAAAAGGACUCCGGUUAAAAAAUCAUCCAAACUUCAGGAAUCUGCAACAAAAGGUAUUAAGAGGACUAGAAAUAACAAUGAAGAUGAAUUCCCCAACCGUCAAGAGGCUUCCCAAUACCCAAGCAGUACUCCAUCUAAUAAUAAAACUCCUAUUCCCAAUAAAACUAUUUUUUUCUCUCCUUCAGUAUCAGCCAAAAAAAAUCUGUCUUCAUCCAAUGUAUUGCAAUCAACACCAAAAUCAGUCUUAAAUGAUCAUUCACUGAGUAACAAGAAACCCCGUGGUGGCUUAAAUAAACAAAAGUUUAUGAAACUAACGAAGGAUGAAGACCAAAAUGAUAAAGAAAAUAAUGUCGAGCAUGAAGAUAACCUUGCUUGUCAUGUUGAUACUAUCAUGAGAAUGGCAGUAGACUCUACAAUGUUGGGCUCGUCCUAUAACGGUAGUUUUUCGUCUACUUUUUCUAAUGUAGGUGAUGAUUCUAUUUUAGGUCAUCGUAAGAAGUACCCAGACAUAUUAGCUGAUAACACUGCCAAUGACGAUGCUGAUAAAAGCGUUUUAGAAACAAUUAAAAAGAAAUGGAAUAACAACUUAUUGGUAAAACUGAAAGCUACCAAAAUCGAUAUUAAUGAUGAUGACUUGAAAAAUGCUGUGAAUGAUAUUUGA